GUUGGUUCGUGCCUCUUCCAUCCCUACGUUUAUCUCGCCUACGAGACUCCCGCAACUGAUCAAUUCCCCUGUUGUCGUCACAGAUCGCAUCGAGUAUGAAAAGCAAUUCGCCGUUCUGGAAGGCUAGGUCGGUGUCGCACAACCAGACAUCGUCCAGAAUCCCGGAGUCGAAUACCGUCGUUGGAGCUUCAUACUCCCAUGCCAAUAUCUCAGUAGGCCCACAACCACACGCUCGUCCACGAACACCACCUUCAGUGACUUCCACCAGUACCCCACAUGCUACCUUGUCUCCACACCGGCCGGGUUUAUGGGUCUCGUCGCCUCGUACCUCAUACUCUGGCAUCAUGAACGGAGGACUGGAAGCUUGGGAAAACUAUCGGGCAGACGAAGGAGAAGAGGAGGAAGAUGAAGAUGAGGAGGAGGAUGUAGCCUACGAUGAUGAUGAGGAUGAAUUUGGGCUCCCAAGCAUUACGAGCAUGCGGAGAAAACAAAAUCGGGCUACUGCUCUAGUUCAACCUAACACCGUGGACCCCGGGGGAGGGAUAGGGGAUCAUUUGACCCUUGGUGUUGGUCUUGGAAGCAACCGACAACGGGCAAAUAGCUCUGACAUUGCAGAAGAGCGUGGCGUGUCAAUUUACCCUACAGCAAAGAAGCCAGAGGGUAAAAUCCUACGCCCUCAGUAUAAGGAAAUUUUGAGAGACCCUGCGCAUGCUCUUAAUCUUAUUUAUCAUGCGCCACCACCAAAAAAUGCGUCGCCGAAAGAAAUGGACUUGUAUUCGAGUCGCAUCUCAAGGAUCAACAAAUUCAAGCGUCUGCUACAGACGAGCACUGUUCCUCUUGCGGAACUUAGAAACCUCGCGUGGUCAGGGGUCCCAGAAGAAGUGCGAGCAAUGACUUGGCAACUACUACUAGGGUACUUGCCGACAAACAGUGAACGGCGCAUUUCGACCCUUGAAAGGAAGCGCAAGGAAUACCUGGACGGGGUUCGACAGGCUUUUGAGCGAGGUCCUUCAACCUCCGGAAACCCGCCUUCGUCCGUUACAGGGCGAGGUAGAGGUUUAGAUGAAGCGGUCUGGCAUCAGAUUAGUAUAGAUGUUCCUCGCACCAGCCCCCACAUCCAACUCUACAGCUACGAGGCUACUCAACGCUCUCUAGAGAAGAUACUCUACGUCUGGGCUAUACGUCAUCCUGCCAGCGGUUAUGUCCAAGGCAUAAAUGACCUUGUGACCCCUUUCUGGCAAGUGUUUCUUGGACUUUACGUCACCGAUCUCAACGUCGAGGAAGGCAUGGAUCCAGGUCAAUUACCUCGGAGUGUGCUGGAUGCGGUGGAGGCGGACUCCUUCUGGUGUCUUACCAAACUCCUAGACGGAAUUCAGGACAAUUACAUCUAUGCUCAACCUGGGAUUCACAGGCAAGUCAGAGCACUGCGUGACUUGACCAUGCGCAUAGACUCUACGCUGGCCAAGCAUUUAGAGCAAGAGGGUGUGGAAUUCAUGCAAUUCAGUUUUCGAUGGAUGAACUGCCUCCUCAUGCGAGAAAUGAGCGUGCAAAAUACCAUAAGGAUGUGGGAUACGUAUAUGGCUGAAGAGCAGGGCUUCUCACGCUUCCACCUCUACGUAUGUGCGGCAUUUCUGGUGAAGUGGACAGAUCAAUUGGUGAAAAUGGACUUUCAGGAGAUUAUGAUGUUCCUGCAAGCCCUACCGACGAAGGGUUGGACUGAGAAGGAUAUUGAACUUUUGCUAAGUGAGGCCUACAUAUGGCAAAGUCUUUUUCAGGACUCUCGUGCCCAUCUUCGCCCGGCUGGAGAUCGGUCACCAGAGAAUGGCUUUCAAUGACGACUGUCGUGAAUCAUUAGAGAGAUCUUAUUUUCGCAUACACCAG